AAGGACCAACGACGAUGAAAGAGGAGAAGGAGUAGGAGUAGGAGCUAAUUCCGAAUGAUUACGAGAUAGAUUUGGAUCUGUUUGAAUGAGACAAAGCCAAGAGGGGAGAGCACUUAGACAAUUCACUUUGAGUACAGGGAAGUCUGCUGGUAGGAAUUCCUCAGGGCGUAUUACGGUUUUUCACCGAGGGGGUGGAUCGAAGCGAUUGCAGCGAAGAAUUGAUCUGAAACGAAGCACUUCGUCUAUGGGCAUUGUAGAAAGGAUAGAAUAUGACCCUAAUCGUUCUUCUCGAAUCGCUCCAGUACGAUGGAUCGAGGGGGUGCAGCUAGGCCGCCAGAGGAAAUGCAACACGAUAGAAGAGUUCGCUCCGCCGCGUAAGAUCCUCGAACCUACCACGACCACCAUCCGCGGUCCAUUUUCGUUCUCUUCCCUGCCCGGGAAGGUGGAUCAAAGAAAGGUAGCUUGCUUCUCUCCUGGACUGAUGGCGGCUUAUGUAGUGGUCGGCCUUCCUACCAGAAUGCCUCCUUGGUCGAAGAGCCCCAAAACUAGUAAGGGCGCAGGAAGUCAAAAAACUUGCGCGAAGGACGUUUUCUUCUCUGCCCUCUCCUCUCCAAAGGCCAAGGGAGAGACUGCAUCCCUUUCCUUCGGUAGCUCUUUUGCUUUCCCAAGGAUAGCGGUAGCUGGGGCAAAGCCCGCUUUCUUCGCUCCGCGAAUGAGAGAGAAAGUCAGAGGAAAAAACACGUUCUCUCUUUGCGAGAUUCGAAAGUGGAGAACGCAUAGUAUUCUUUUGGCACAUAGGAUCAAACGUAAAGCAGCGCUUUCUUGGCAGAGUUUUAGGCGGCAAGAGACUUUAGGGCUUGUUGGAGCUGCUGAGCAUAACGAAUCGAACCCGAAGACGGAUCAAGGUAGCUUGCCUGCCAAGCCGAUAGGCGAAGGGCCGAAGGAUGGAACGUGCAAAGUCGAUCGUGCACCUGUCGUGUGACCCGUUGGUCCUAAGCAAUGUCUUGCGCAAAGCGACCCACCUAGAAAGAGCUCUCCUUUAUGUUAUGUUAGGGGGGCACUCAAAUGGAACUUCGAUCGGAUGCGGGUAUCAAAUCCCGCCGCUGAGAUGUCCAGCGGAUUCCUGGGCCUUGACGAAUGGCCGGCCACCUUUUACCGUUAGAAGAGCAAAAGGCCCGGGGCAUAGCAGGAUGAACCAAUGUGAAUGAGUGUAAGCUUCGUUGCCCGAACACGAUUGGUGCUGACCACACUAGGUGCUACCGUGGUAGCAAGAGAGGCCAGGCGGUGACAAUUGAGAGGUUGUCACUGAGCAUUCCUAGUCACACGGGAAGAGAGGUCAAAUGGCAAGGCCAUACGCCCGUUUGGCUCCUCGCGGAGUAUAGCUCACAUCCAAACAUCUGAUUGGGGAACGGGGCAACGCCCAUGAAGCUCCGGCGGAAAGGGAAGGCCUGCCAGGCCGUAUGCCCAUGGGUGCAGGAUUCUUCGAAAAAGCGCGGGCUGACUCGGAGACCUGGGACCUUGGCUUAGCAACGAAUGAAGGGAAGCUCGAAGAGC